AUGGACGCCCAAGCCUAUCUCAUUCGCCAUGGCUGGUCUGGUCCUGGUAACCCUCUCAACCCAACCCAGCGUCCAGGUCCGCACGGCGGCCUCGGCCUCACGAAGCCCAUCCUCGUGGCGCGCAAACAGAACAACCACGGCGUCGGCAAGAAAACAACAAAAGACCCCACAAACCAAUGGUGGCUGCGCGGAUUUGAAGAUGCGCUCAAAGGGAUGGGUAACGAUACUGCUACCUCGACGCAAUCGAAUAAUGCAUUGACCAGCGAACUGUACCGACACUUCGUGCGUGGUGAAUGCCUUGUUGGUACUAUCAAGAAGAAUGAUGAGGAAGAGAUGAACGAAAAGUCCACGUCCAAGUCCGAGUCCAAGUCCAAGUCCAAGUCCAAGUCCAAGUCCAAGAGGAAGCGUGAUUCCGAUGACGAGGAUGAGCGCCGGGUAAAGAAGGAAGAGAGAGCUGCACGGAAAGAGGAGAAGCGCAAGCGCCGGAAGCUCAAGGAGGACGAGGAGUCCACCGAGUCUCCAGCCUUGUCUUCAAGUGAUGUAUCUGGCUCAGAGAAGCGCAAGGAAAGCAAAGAAGAGCGCCGAUUGAGGAAGAAGGAAAAGGCGGAAAGGAAGAACCGGAAACGAGAGGACAAGGAGGCAAAGAAAUCGAAGAAGUCGAAGAAGGCGAAGCACUCUGCCAGUGAAGAAGAUUAUCCUACACCAAUGUCGAUCGAUGAGGAGCAAGACGAUGGCCAAGUCAAUACCACCGAAUCAGACGAGGCCUCCAAAAAAUCGAAAAAGAAGGACGAGAAGGGCAAGAAGGAAAAGAAGGAUAGCAAGAAGUCCAAGUCAAAGACUAAGGAUAGCGAGGUGACCGAGGAGUCCGACUUGAAGAUAUCCGAAAAGGAGAAGAAAGAGAAGAAGGAGAAGUCAGCCUGA